GAGAAACAGGUCAACGACAAGGAAAUGAGUUCCGUUCGUUUGGAAAUGCUGGGCUUGAAGAAGGACAAGGAGAAGAGAACUGGACAGGACGCUCCACCCUUGCCGAGACAAGGUCGCCGAAAGGGCAAAGGCAAAGGGCGGCUGACGCUUCAGAGCAUCGAUGAGGAGGACAAUGACGAGGUAGACCUACCGGAAACGCGAAGCAUUGCCAGCUUGGAGGACGGCGAGGACCCUGACGACCGCUACAAUGGCGCGGUCAGCAGCGACGGCGGUGCUGGACCCGAGUUCGAAAGGAAAUCCGCGACUGAACGGAUCACGCGCGCGGCGGACCUGCUCCAAAUCACACAGGGCUCGAACGAGAUCGGCCAGGUGACUCGACUUUUGGCACAGCUGGCCGACCAGAAGAAGCUCCAGCAGCUGGCAGCCGAAGAACAUGCAGGU